CCGGGUGCUGAGCGCCCCAACGCCACCGAGCUGGACCCCUUCCCCAGCCAGAGCUUCAAUGGCACCCAGGGGACCCCGGCCAAGAACGCCACCUCCAUCAUCAUCGCCAUCGCCAUCACCGCCCUCUACUCCGUGGUGUGCGUGGUGGGGCUGCUGGGCAACGUCCUGGUCAUGUACGGCAUCGUCAGAUACACCAAGAUGAAAACAGCCACCAACAUUUACAUCUUCAACCUGGCUCUAGCGGACGCGCUGGCCACCAGCACGCUGCCCUUCCAGAGCGCCAAGUACCUGAUGGAGACCUGGCCUUUCGGGGAGCUGCUCUGCAAAGUCGUCCUCUCCAUCGACUACUACAACAUGUUCACCAGCAUCUUCACCCUCACCAUGAUGAGCGUGGACCGCUACAUCGCUGUCUGCCACCCGGUCAAGGCCCUGGACUUCCGUACCCCCACCAAGGCCAAGAUCAUCAACGUCUGCAUCUGGGUCCUGUCCUCCGUGAUUGGGGUGCCCAUCAUGAUCAUGGCUGUCACAAAGUCUAAAGACGGGAUGGUCUUAUGCAUGAUCCAGUUCCCCGACCCUCCCACGUACUGGGACACGGUGACCAAGAUCUGCGUGUUCAUCUUUGCCUUCAUAGUGCCCAUCCUGGUCAUCACCAUCUGCUACGGGCUCAUGAUUCUGCGCCUGAAGAGCGUGCGUCUCCUCUCAGGCUCCAAGGAGAAGGAUCGCAACCUGCGCCGCAUCACCCGCAUGGUGCUGGUGGUGGUGGCAGCCUUCAUCAUCUGCUGGACGCCCAUCCACAUCUUCGUCAUGGUCUGGACCCUGGUGGACAUCGACAAGAAGAACCCCUACGUGGUGGCCAGCUUGCACUUCUGCAUCGCCCUGGGCUACACCAACAGCAGCCUCAACCCCGUCCUUUACGCCUUCCUGGACGAGAACUUCAAGAGAUGCUUCCGGGAGUUCUGCCUGCCUUUCCGCUCCCGCAUGGAGCAGAACAGCUUUUCCCGGGCGAGGAACACCACCCGGGAGCGCGUGUCCACCUGCACCCCCUCCGAAGCCCUCCACAAGCCGGCAUGACUAGACAUGGACAGCCACCGCCGGGGCUCCCGUGGGCGCAGGGGAGAGGACCUGCACUCGGAGGUGACGCAGGUCACCACCACGGAGUUCUAGCAGAGGAGGUGGAAGGGGAGCACUGGUGUCGGAGGAAGGGCGACCGGCGUAGGACUUGAUUUCUUCCCUUCUUUUUUACAAAAAAAAAGUGCAAAAA